CAUCUGUUCAUUUGACAACUAAAAAAUCAAAACAUAACCUCCGCAGUACGAAUAAAUGUCUUGGCUUAAUCCGUUCGAUAAUAAAAUGAAUUUGUAGAAAACUAAGGCCCAACUAUAUCGAACAAUGAAGUGCAAAACAAUCGUGAAUCUGUUCAAUUCGGACAGUCAAUACAUUUGCACGAUCUCCGUGCAAUCGUCACGAAUUCGUUUCAAGCCGCUAAACAGCAACAACAAAUUUCCCUGUGAUAAUAGUCAAACCAACAAGAACCACAAAUUUGUUACAUUCACUGCCCAGACAUGGUCGUUUUGGUUCUUCUUGAAUGAAUUGAAUGCGUCGCUUUUUUAUAGACAAUGUGUGAUAAAAUCUGUGAACGAAUUGGAAGGAAUACCGAUGAUAGUCGUAGUGCAGCCGCAUCGAGAAGUGAUCGAUCGUGAUUGGAACUCAUUGACCAGACACACAGCCUGGGAAAAGGUGGAACUCGACCAUUUACUGUCCUGGUUGUCAACGUUAGGCGGUGCCUUUUCAGCGUUAGGUGACAGCAAAACGAACUGCGCUGAGAUAGCCGGUAAAAUAUCGUUCUAUCAACUGAAAUUGGGUCUGCAGUUCGGUGAUCCACUGAUCGUAGCCAGAAGUAAGUUAUUCGUUUCGCUGUCGUUGAUCCAACGCGGACGGCUCAGGUUAGCGAAACGGAUAAUCCGGCAACAGUACGAAGUGGCCAAGAUGGAGGAAGAGUAUGAUCCACGGUUGAGGAAAAUGUGCGUCGGAAUUUGGAUGAAAUUGCAGUAUGCUUAUCAGCAACGGUCAGAAAAUCGGAAGUCAAUUCGUAUGGAAGUUUGUAAUAAAUCAGUGGGCUCGGUUUAGUAAAUUGUUGUCUUUAUUUGUACAAAAAAAAAAGUUUAUUGGCAAACGGUUAUUCACGCAGCAAUCACGUCAUACCACACACGUUUCUGAUUCUGAAGACAUCGAACACAAACAAAGAAUUGAUUUAAAUGAAA